AUGAUAAAAAUAGAGUUAUAUCAAUAUUAGGAUAAGUAAUAUACAUAUAUAAAAAAAAAUUAUUUAUUAAUAAAAAAGGCUUAAUUAUAUUUCUAUUAAAAAAAUUAUGAAUAAUCAUUAAAAUUUUUCAAAGAAGCGCUUUAAAAAAAUCCAAGAUUACCAGGAAGAGCAAGAUUAGGAUUAGGAUAUUGCUUUUAUAUGUUAAAAAAAUAUGAAUUGUCUAAAAGAGCUUUUUAAAGAGUUUUGUAAUUAGAUUCUUAAGUUUUCGAAUCUCAUUUAGGAUUAGCAAUAUUAGCUUAUAAAAGAAAAGAUUAUUAAGGUUACUAAGAUCAUUUGAAUAAAGCAUUUUAAAUAAAUCCUAAUAAUCCUUUAGUUCUUUAUUAUAUUGCUGAAUUUUAUUAUUUAUAAUAAGAUAGUGAUAGUGUUUAAAAAAUCGCUAUUUAAGCUAUAUAAAAUUUAAAUAUGUUACCAAAAAUAAUAAAUGAGCAAGAAAAGACAAAAGUUGGUAAAAGAGCAUAUAGAUUUGAUUUUUUUGAUUUAAAAUCAAGAUUAUAUUUUAUGAUUGGAAAUACAUUACACAAAGAAUAAUAAUAUGAUUAAGCAUUCAAAAGACUCGAAGAAAUCCGUAGUCAAUGUUUUGAAAAUGAUAAAGAGUUAAUAUUAGAAACCUAUAAACAUUUAGCUUAUUUAUAAUCCAAAUGUGCUUUAGGUCAAACAAAACUAUCCCAAUAAUAUGAAUACUAUAAAAAGGCUUUAUAAUAUAAUCCUAAAGAUACCGAAUCAAUGUUAGAAUGUGCAAAUCAUUUAACAGAUACUGAUUAAAGAGAGUCAUUAAAAUAUUUCGAAAAUGCAUUAGAAAUACUGAAAGAAAAAGGCGAAAAAAUACUUCCCGAAUUAUAUAAUAAUAUAGGUGUUUUGAGACUUUCAUUGAACUAAUUUGAAGGGGCAAAAGAGGCUUUUGGUAAGGCCUUGGAUUUAGCAAAUAUAGAUAUUAUAAGUAAUGAGGACGAAAAAUAAAAUUAAAAGUUUUUUAUGUACGGUUAAAUUCAAUUUGGCUUGUAUGCAUGA